AUGGAGCACAGCCACAUCUUCCCUGUCCUGUCCUCAAACAGCAGCUUGUGGAUCCUGGGGGGACAGCAGCAGUCGGUCAAACCCCAGGGCUGCCCUCUGGGACCCCUGCCUGUCAUCUACUACAGCAGCCUGCUCUGUCUCGGCCUACCAGCAAACAUCCUGACUGUGAUCAUCUUGUCCCAGUUGGUGUUGCGUCGUCAGAAGUCCUCCUAUAACUAUCUCUUGGCCCUCGCCGUGGCGGACAUCAUGGUUUUAUUACUUAUCGUGUUCGUCGACUUCCUCUUGGAAGACUUCAUCCUGGGCCAUCCUCUUCCUCCGUCUGUCAACAAGGCAGUGCAGGUGCUGGAGUUUUCCUCCAUCCACACCUCCAUCUGGAUCACCGUUCCCCUCACCAUAGACCGUUACAUCGCCGUGUGUCACCCAUUACGUUACCACACGGUUUCCUAUCCCGCACGAACACGCCGCGUCAUUCUGGCUGUCUACACCGGCUGCCUGCUCUCGAGCGCCCCCUAUUACUGGUGGCCGGAGCUGUGGCACGGUUUGCCGGGCGAGACGAGGGCGGUUUUGGGGGGAGGAGAGGAGGCUGGUGCCAGCACUGUUGGGCAGCACGUGUUGGUUUGGGUUCACUGCGCCACUGUGUACCUGCUUCCCUGUUCCGUGUUUUUCACCCUCAACACCGUCAUUGUCCGAAAGCUGCGCCGCCGACGCAGCUGUUUCCGUCUCCGCGGCUACUCCACCGGAAAGACCACCGCUAUUUUGCUGGCCAUUACGUCCGUGUUCGCCGUGCUGUGGGCGCCGCGGACCGUCAUGAUCCUGUACCACCUGUACACCGCCCCUCCUUCCAUGCCCGGUCCCGCCCGUUUACUCCACCUCCUGACGGACGUAGCCAACAUGCUAGCGCUCCUCAACACUGGCGUUAAUUUCUUCCUCUACUGUUUUAUCAGCAAGCGUUUCCGCAGCAUGGCUGCUAACGUUCUGAGAGCGUUUCUCCGCUGUAGGAAGCAGCCACCACCUUUCUACGCCAGCCACAAUCUCUCCAUCACCAGCAGUCCUUGGAUCUCUCCUGCCAACUCCCACUGUAUCAAAAUGUUGGUCUACCAGUACGACAAAAACGGCAAACCAGUCUGCAUCUCUUCCUGA